AAGAAAGGGAGAGAAUGCAUAAGAUAUGCAGAGGGACACACACAUAGAUUCAGCAGCAGACAUCUGACAUAACGGUGGACACAUCUGCAGAGCAAUUUGUCAUUCAGAGGAAGUGGUCCUUCCCAGGAGUCGUAAAUACUCCCCAUUCCUGAGCAUGGCUGAAGCAAAGUUUAGAUUAUACAUUUCAUAAAGUGAGUUUCACAGUGGAAGUUAUUCAACAGUAGCAUCCUAGCAUUACAGACCAUAGUUCUCAAGCACCAUGUUUAUUACUAACCAGAAAGUUCUACAGAAAAAGUUGCUGACGUGUCCCAAUGUUCUCACUCCAGACAGGAUCCCAGAGUUCUUCAUCCCACCCAAAUUUUCUACCUUUCCAAAUAGUAUAUCAGAGAAAGGAUCUUCCUCUGAUAGGUGCUUGUUGCCUGGAAAAAGCUACCACAGAACUGUGAAUCACAAGACUUUGGUAAGAUCAGCAAAUCAACACAUCAUUCAGAUUGAGAAUGUUGACCAAGACUCCACUUGUAAUCCUGAGGGGGAAAGUGAGCACAGACUGCACAACACAUAUUCAGUAUCACAUCUCAGUAGUCCAAGGGACUUUACCUUCUUGCCUGAAAGUCCACAUACAAGGCGACGAGAAUCCCUCUUUCAUGCAAAAUGCCCAUCAAUCCAGACUUCAGAGAUAGAUGGAAAAGAGUCACUCAGUGAUGUUAUAUCAAUUGAAAGCCAGUCACCACAGAGUCUUAGACUGUCUUCUCCAGACUUGAGGUCUGCUUGGUUAACUGCAGAUACUUACAGCUUAGGUCAUAUGGAUAGUGACACAACAUCUUCAGCAGAAUCCUCUCCCUUCAGCUCUCCACUCCUAACACGGUCUCUUGCAGGAACUCUUGUAUGUCAAGCAUACAGUAGACAGAGGCUUUUCUGUAGGACUCUUCACAUCAGAGCCAUCUCCAGGACUAGUUCAUUGUCAACCGAUGAGGCCAGUUCAACUGACAACAGCCCCAGUGUUCCUAGAAGAGACAAAGAUGCAACUUUGGUGUCUCCAUCUAGAACUCUUCUAGCUCCUCCCCCAGUUUUUCCUCUGGAUUUCAUUUGCUGUCAUGAGCGACUGACAAAAGAGAACACAGUAACACUAAACAAAGGUGGAAAGCUUAGGAUUUCUGCUGAAUACCUCAUGGAGAACUGUCGACUCCGAAUCCGGAUCAUCAGUGCUGAGAAUCUCUACCAGUCAAGCUUUGACUCCAAAAACAUCAGCUGCUGCAUUAGAAUCCACAUACAGCCAGGCAAAGUACAGAAACAGAGGAGUACUGUCAUCAAGAACAGCAGGAACCCCAUAUUUAAUGAGGACUUCUUUUUUGAGGGAAUCUCUGAGGAAGAUCUAACGACUAAGACAGUCAAAAUUAAAGUGAUCAAUAAAGGGUCUAGCAUGAGGCGUGACUUUGCAUUAGGAGACACUGAACUCAAACUGUGCUCCAUUUUACCACCAUAAAUGACUUAAUAGGUAUGUGUGUGUUGCUUUGAAGUAGGGCUUGGAAUGCAGACUAUAAUAAUUGUUUCAGAAAGAACUAAUGACUGUGUGCACUACUGAAGAGUAUUAAUAGGUCAGAGAAAAGCUUUGGUCAAGACUUUAACCUACAUAUACUGAGUUAGCACUAUUAGAGGAUGUGGCAAGAACAUAUGAGUGACUGCUGUCAGAUGUGAAAAAAUAGUGCCUUCAAACCUUGAGAAAUUGUAUAUGAGUUUCAUAUAAUUGAACUCCUUCAGUUAAAGCACAUAUAAAAUAGGUUUAAAUAAAGAAUAUGUUUAUUUUAAUAUAACAAUAAGUAGAAAGUUCAAAUUUGCAAUAAAAGAACUUCCCUGAUA